CUUUUUACCACCCAAUAAGUCUUCUACCAGUGCACUUGUCCUUUGAACCAACCUGAACACUUUCUGAAAGCUCCCAAAAUGUCCCAGGCAGUAGCAUUGGGGGAACCAAUUCCGCCAAAUACAUCUCAUGCUGUCAGUGUGUCACUUCCUACUUGGAGCGCAAAUGUGGGUUAUGAAGAAGGCCAGGAUUGGGUCAUAAAAGUGAUGAGGACCGGUUAUCCACGCUUCUUUAUGCACAAAAACAUCCGGGAGCUGGUAUUUCAUAUCAUCCGCCAAUUUGGACAUCCAGGCGAGUCGGCGAUGCCUUUUCCGUCGCUUAAGACUGCAUCUCGAUGCCACGAUUUUAUGGUGUCGCGACUCCCUCUUGACACCCACGCAAAAAUUCGUGUUGUGAGUUUGAUGGUAAUGCCACUCUCAGCUUCUGAGACGUCGAGUGACGAACAACUCUCAAGUGUCACUGCGAAGCUUUACUGCAUUUUAUAUCCUAAGAUAUAUAACCACCUCGCCAAACAAGUGUGGCAGCAUAGUGGAGAUGGAAUAUCUAGUCGCCGGAGCGAAUUCUGCCUGAAGCUGCUUGCAGAUGGGUAUGUGCUUGAACACAACCAUUCAUGCAAGGUGCCAAUAAACAUGCGAAAAGUCAACAAAGGACCUAAAAGGUAUCAGCGAUGUGAUUCGGGGCCCAAUGUAGCGAAGGAAACAUCAUUUCAAGUGCAAGGUUCAGCCAGCUUGGAAACCUCACACUCUGAAGGUUGUGAGUUUGACCAGUUCAUUGAAGAGCGUUUUGGACGCAAUCUCAGCCCAUUGUUGGCCAACAACGCGAAACUGGCAGUGAAAAGAAGAAUUGCUGGUUCUCUCACUGCAAAUGUUGAGCUCACAGAAGCCCUUAAAAGCUCCUCAACUAAUGGACGAAUUGCGGGGUUAUCGGAACAACAUGUUUACUUGUAUCCCACCGGGAUGAGUUCGAUAUUUAAUUCCCAUCAGGCACUAUUGAUGGCCCGUGGUCAGCUGAAGAGUAUUUGUUUUGGAUUUCCCUAUAUUGAUACUCUGAAAGUUUUAGAAAAAUGGGGCCCUGGAGUUUUAUUCUAUGGCCAUGGAUCUUCUGAAGACCUCGACGAUCUUGAACAACGCUUAGAAUUAGGGGAAAGAUACCUAGCGCUGUUUACCGAAUUUCCGGGAAACCCAUUGUUGAAAUCCCCCGAUCUCGAACGUAUCCAGAAUUUAGCUUCCAAAUACGAUUUCGCUGUCGUCGUGGACGAGUCCGUGGGAAACUUUAUUAAUGUCAAUGUUUUGCCUUAUGCGGAUAUCGUUGUCAGUAGCUUAACGAAAAUAUUUAGUGGCGACAGUAACGUCAUGGGUGGAAGCGCUGUCUAUAAUCCCCACGGCCGGUAUUAUCAAGCGCUAAGGGAUAUUCUUGAAAGGGAAUAUGAGGAUAAUUACUGGGCAGAGGACGCUAUUUUUUUGGAACGGAACAGCCGCGACUUUGUUUCGCGGAUCGAAAGAAUUAAUGCUUCGGCGGAAGCUCUCACUGCCCGGUUAAAAGCGUCUUCACUGGUCAAGGACCUUUAUUAUCCUAAAUACAGUUCGACAAUGCCGCUUUAUGAAAAAUGUCGAAACCCGAACGGUGGCUAUGGAGGAUUGUUUUCUGUAACAUUCAAUUCGACGGAUGCAGCUAUCGCUUUUUUUGAUGCCCUUGAGGUGAUGAAAGGCCCAAGUUUAGGCACUAAUUUUACACUAAGCUCCCCAUACACAUUAUUGGCGCAUUAUGGGGAAUUGGAGUGGGCAAAUUCCUUUGGUGUCGCUUCAGAUUUAAUCAGAAUCAGUGUCGGUUUAGAAGAUACCCAUAUACUUGAAUCGACCAUUGAUCGAGCUCUUGACACCCUAAGGCGUACCCAAGCUGCCGAAUUCUGA